GGAGGAGGAGGAGGAGGAGGGUAGACUGCUCCGUAACUAUCAUUUUCGUCGUCUUUGACGUCGCCGUGUUCUUGUUGUCGUCGUCGCAGCCGUAUGUGCAAUUUUUAUCAUCUUGUCAACAACCAAACAGGUAGCAGUGACAAGAAGAAAAGCAGGUAACGCAAUACUUGGCGCAAUUGUAAUCAUUAUUGUCAUCGCAACGUCGUCUGUGGACUUCUUAUGAAGAGACGCUACGUUUUGUCGACGUGGUCAUGCACUGCCCAGGAAUACGUGCAGCAAAAUAUGCGAACGCAGCGUGCCGUUAUUAAUAUACACACAACCGCUAUUCCACAGAAAUUUCAAUAUAUUCUGGUUCGUGGGAAGUGAGCUUCAAGUGAGCAUAGCUUUCAAGGCUUUACUUUGUGGAAAAGAUGUCUAGUUCUUAUAUCAUUGAGCCGCAAGAAAGCUCGGAAAAAAAAGAUGACACAUUGAUCAUUGUUGUCAAUGAUGAUGGAACAAUAUCAGUUGACGAAGAGACUUUAGAAAACAUGAUAAUAAAUCAAUCAACUGCUAAUGUUAGUGUGGUAAGAGUUGGACAAUCAGAUGCUGAAAAUGGAGAUCUAACCUUGACAGUAGACCCACCAUCGUUUACACAUCCCAAUGUAAAUUCAGGAAAUACCCAUGUCAGUGCUGACCCGGGUGGAUUGGUGGAUCCUUUUCUGGAAAUGGAUCAAGAACAAUUGGAAAGAUUAGAAACAGCUCUUCAUAGUGAAGAGGCCAAGCAAAUACUUGGGGAGAAUGUUACUGCAAUGCUUGAUAUGUUGUCAAUAGAAGAGCAGCAGAAUACAAUGCGAUAUAACAUACAAUUGGACCAUUGUUACACAAGUAGAUUAUCGCCAAGUGAUCCAGUACCAAGAGAUCCUUUACCGAUUACUGAUGAUUCUCCUGAGUCAAACGAUGUGCAGUAUGUGCAUCAAUCAAUACCUUCACGACCAACUAUUUCAACAUCAUCCAUUGAUGCUGAUACUACUGGAAUAAAGAAUAAGAAUAUUGUGAAAAACAUACCAUUGCAGAAUAAACAAAUGAACAGAUCAAUACGUAAAGCCAAUGUACCUACAAGUAUAGCUGGACUUCCUAGAGCUAAUACAAGUAUUGUUGGAACUCCAAAAUUAUCAGGAAAGCCUAUACCGAGAAAUAUAACAAAUGUUCAACAGGGAAUUAAAGCACAAGGGAAGAAUAAUGAAGAGGAGAAAGAUGAUGAAGGCACAGAAUCGUCCACAACAUCUUCAGAAUCAGAACCACCAUCUGAUAAUGACAAUGAUUCUGACUUCGGUCCUCGUAGCGUUAAGAGAGGUAACGUCAGAUCUCGAGGUGGUGGCAGCAGAAAAGGCAUUACUACGAGAGGUGGUAGCAUGGCAGCUGUUCGAAGAAGAAGUCAAAACAAACAUCUGGAUGUAGAACAGGUACGAAGGUUAGACAUGGAAAUGGCUGCUGCUGUUAAUGCAAUGAAAAGUGGUGAAAAAGAAGAUAGAUCGGAGAGAUUUAAUCCUGCCAAAAGCAGGAGACAAAUCAAGACUAUUGGUGGAAAGAAAAAAGAAGAAUUUCCAGAAACGUCUUCAUCUGUAUCCGAGGAAAUGCCGACAUUUGAAAAACCGUUGCAAACUACAAAUCAAGUGAAAGCAAAUCUGAUCAACGCCAAUAUGAUCAAAGGCGAUAUGAUAUUGACCAAACCCGGUCAGGGGAGAAAUAAUCAAAAAGUCACUUUCGUUCAGAAACAAGUCUCGAUGAAGCCGGGCGAGUUCAAGCUUGGACUUGAAAAGUCUGCGGCAGUGUCCAAAGGAAAAAUCCAAGUGACCUCUCAAAAGUUCUUCGCGACGCGACUUAAAGAUGGAAAAUUGAUACAGGUACCAAUGAUACCUAAAUCAACGAGUUCGAAUGUACAAGGUCUUCCGGUAAAGACAGUUAUAUCACAACAAGCUGGAAAUCAAGGAUUAUCUCUGCAGCAACAAUCGAAAACCGUUUUGUCGACGAGUAGCACACCGUUGAAGAUUAAAGUAGGCGAUAUAAAGAAAGAAAAGAGAAAAGCUGACGCUCUAGAGUCUAUAUCAAAAAUAGAAGAAAGUCCUACAAAAUCCACGGAUAAUAAGGCGUUAGACAGUGCAAAGAGACCCAAGAAAGACAAUCGAAAAAUUCCUGGAUAUGUGACGGAUACUUUAGGUCCCGCUUUGUUUUCAACACCGGAUAUUAUUCGGCGCGUUGGCUCGAAUAGCGACGGAAAAGUUGCCGAAAAUAGUACAACACUUCAAACUACAUCUACUUCAGCAUUAUCUUCUACCAUUCCUAUCUCCACAGUUGCCUCGUUGAAUAUCGAUACUCUUGAUAGCUCUCAUGCAACACAAAGUGCUCCUAACUUUAAUAAUAAAAAAUCAGUGUCCGAUACUUCAGUACAGUCUGUACAGUCGGAACCGCAAUUAAACUUCCAUGGAAGUAACAAUGUAGAGUCAGAAAACGAGCAAAAAUCGGAGACUAAAACACCUCUGCCUGAAGAAUUGCAACCGUCUCUAGACACAGGUGGUUUAGAGGGAGAAGAACAGUUAUUUGCUACUUUAGAGAUGGAAGCCAGCAAACAUGAAGAAGAACUACUUGCUGAGGCAUUAUUGUUACAAGAGGAGCUUGGUGUCGACUUAGCUGAACAUUCUGCACUGGUCGAUCCAACGCCAACGUUAUCAGAACCAUUAGCAUCGAGUAACAUACUUAUGCCUACAUUGAUGUCAACCGAACAAGAAUCAUCUAAAUCAACAGAGUUACCAUCUGUGGCGCAGGCUCAGAUGAAUAAAGAAAUUAGCAAAAAGUCGUUGAAAGAUGACAAGGAACCUAUUCAAAUUAUUCGGGGCAAUCGUGUGAUUACUUUGCCACCUAUCGAAGCACCCGCUACUAGAAGUAAGCGAUUGCAAGCGAAAACCGAAGCAUUACAGAAAAAUUCUGAAUUAGUCAAGAAAAGUGAAAAAUUAACACCACAGGCACAGCAACUAUCACAUACCAGGGAAGAGUUACGAACAGGUGCAAAUGAAGAGGAAGACGAUGACGAAGAAGACGACGACGAGAAUUCAGAUUCGGAAGAUGAUCCAGACCGACUGUGGUGUAUCUGUAAGCGGCCGCAUAACAAUCGGUUUAUGAUAUGCUGCGACGUUUGCGAAGAUUGGUUCCAUGGGAAGUGUGUACAUGUUAGUAAAGCUAUGGGUCAACAAAUGGAAGAAAAGGGCAUAGAGUGGGUUUGUCCGAAUUGUCUAAAGAAAAAGGCUGAGGAAGAAAAAACAAAGUCAAGUUUGCAGUCACUGACUGGUAAACAAAAAACGAAGAUAGAACCGUCAAACGAGAAUGUAAUAUCGCAAAUUGUAUUACCGUCAAAAGAAAUAUUAAGUUCUUCCGUCGAUCAUAACGCAGUUCCAGUUUCCAGCACAAUGCAAUGUGUCGUUUGCAAAAAGGAAGCAAGAAAUUCUAGCAUUUAUUGUUCAGACGCGUGCAUUCUCGCACAUGCUCAGGAAACUCAAGCUCUCAAGGACAAACCUGUACCAACGGGAUUCACUGCGAAAGCAAACAAACAACCGCUCGCAACAGAAACUGUCAAAGCAAAAGUCGAGCCUAGAGUAAUAGUCAUUGACAAAAAGACUAACAGAAUUCUUACAGGCGCUGAAGCUCCUUUAAGAUCUAAUCUACGAACAUGGCUGAAAGAAAAUCCAACGUACAGAGUGCUACAACCUCAAGAUGUGAAUACACUUCAAGUAGCUGGAAAGUUAGUCACGCAGAUUCAAACAUCUGAGAAAAUUGGCACAAAAAUUACACAGAUGUCUCCGACUAAAGUGCAGACCGUACCAAAAAUGAUCUACACGAAAAUACCUGGAACGAAGCAAACGAUCUUAACGGCUAGUAGUAAAGUGACUCCCACUACAUUGCAGCAAUUGCACGUGCAAUCCUUGAACAAACCCGUGCAGUUAAAACAAACAGUACUCACUACGACACCGGGAAAGGUUCCGUUAAUACUUCCGAAGAUGGCGAGUCCGAAGAAUGUUACAACACUCACACAUGUGAAAGCCCAAGCAUCAAGCUCACCUAAGCAGACACCGCUGAAAAAACCAGAGCCGAAGCCAUCACCGUCGCAACCAAAGCAAACGAAAUUAACGCCAGCCAAGAAGACGGAGACUACAGAGCCUAUUCGGGAGAGUGUACGAAAAACACUAACGGACGUGUUAUCCAGUCGCAUUAAAGAAACCGAAGAUCUGCAAUUAACCGACGAGGAAAUAGUCGACUUAGCGUGUAAUAUAGAACUCGAAAUGUACAAGUACUUCAAGGAUACAGGCUCGAAAUACAAAGCAAAGUACAGAAGUCUCAUAUUUAAUAUAAAAGACACAAAAAAUUUGACUCUAUUUAGAAAAAUCGCCGAUCGUUCGUUGACACCGCACGCAGUUGUGCGAUUAAAUCCGGACAAAAUGGCCAGUCAGGAACUGGCUGAAUGGCGCGAAAAGGAAGCCAAGCAUCAGUUGGAAAUUAUCAAGAAGAACGAAUUGGAUCUGAUGGCUCAAGCAAAAUCGAUCGUCGUGAAAACUCACAAGGGCGAGCAGAUAAUCGAGAACGACGGUGGAAUUGAUCAUGUCGAUCCUAAGACGCCAGUGCAAGAUAUUGUGAACGCACUGAAUAGCGGCGACAGCAUAAGUUCCACGGUUGAUGACAUAGAGAAAGAGAAGACUAAAGAGGAGAAGCAGAAGUCGCGAGCGGACACAAAGAAAGUGAAGAACACGGACGAACGAAGAAGAAAGGACAAGGAGAGAAGCAGAGAACGCGAUAGCUCGAAAUCUAGAAGUAAAGAUCGGCAGGAAAGUCACAGUCGGCAUCGUCAUAGCCGUGAUGAUCGUGAUCGCGAUCACAGUAAAACACGAGAUAAGAGUAAAGAGAGAAAGUCAAGUAGAAAAGAGAGCAGACGUGACAAAGAAAGAGAGCGCGAGAAAGAUCGAGAUCGAACAAAAGAUCGGGAUAGAGCAAGUAGAAGCGAAAAGGAGAAAAAUCGAAAGAAGGAAAAAGACAGGCACAAAAGUACCGAUAGCCAUAUGAGAAAUCGUAGCGAAAGCAGGGAAUCUAAGGACGUUGACAAGAAGGAGGAAGAGCGUAAGAAAGAAAUAGAAAAGAAGAAGGAAACCUCACCGCAACCUACGGAGAAACCGAUAGAAGAUCGCCUUUGGCGGCACAUAGAGGACGAGACGACAACAAAUACAAUCGACGGUAACGAUUCCGACAUAUCCGACAGAGAACCUAGUUCAACUGUCACAAUCAAAACUCCCGACAUAAAUGAGGAACCUGAGAGAGACAAGGAAGUGGAAACGAACAAAGAAACGCCAGGAAAGACUGUUUGGCGUGGCUUUGUAAACAUGGUUGAUGUCGCCAAAUUCUUCAUAACCGCUCAAGAAAUCAGCGGCAACGCCAAAGAUCUUAUGGAUGAUCUGCCAGACACCGUUGACGUCGUCGGUAGGAUCAGCCACCAAACUGUUUGGGAUUAUAUAUCAAAAAUGAAGAAAAGCGGCUCAAAGGAAAUUCUGGUUAUCAGAUUAACGGCCGCGAAUGACGAAGAAAAGAUCCCCUAUAUAACGUUAUAUAGCUAUUUAAACAGCAGAAGUCGGCUGGGCGUCGUAGGCAACGUUUCGAAAACGAUUAAAGACUUCUACAUAAUGCCGUUCUCAAGCCAAAGCACGCUUCCGCCGGUUCUUCUGCCGCUUACAGGUACCGGAUUCGAGGAACACAGACCGCAUCUGCUUUUAGGUAUUAUAGUUCGCAACAAGAAAAAACGAUUGACGACCAUACCGCCGGUCAUGUCCUCGAAAACUUCUAAAAAGGAAUCCGACAGAAGUUACACUCCGCCAUUGAUCGGCGUGCCGAAGGAGAAAAUCUCAUCGCCACCGCCAUCUUCGUCCUCUCCUAUAAUGUACAAAACGACCAUGCUAGAUUCGACAAAAGAAAAACCAGUGACACAGAUGACUUUAGAAUCUUUAAACAAAGCGUACAUAGGUAUGUCGCGCAGUGUUAUCGAUACCGCAACGAUAUGCAAAAUCGUGCCGGAACUGUCGUCAAAAAUCGAUUUGACCUCGUCGCCCAGCAAGGUCGGUUUGGACGACGACGGAGACGAGCCCUACAGCCCCGGAGAAAUGGACGAGGACAUAAACGGUUUACAGGCUAACGACAGUGCCAUCGGCAAAAAUUCUACUGAACUGCAAAAGAAGAUGGAAGAAUUGAAUCGACAGAUUGAGGAGCAAAAACAACAAAUCGAAGAACAGAAGCAACAAAUACAGAGUAUAAGCUCGUCGUUUCUCGAUGAUGAAGCGACGCCUACUCUACCGGGUUUGGGAUUAGAUCCACCUAAUGAUUCCGAAGAAGAAGCUUACAGUCCGACGAACGCGCGCUCCUUCACACCGCCUCCGCCUGGCAUCUCCAAAUUCGCGCAGCCCAUUCUCGAUAAAGUCUCGGACAUUACCAUACCGCCGAAUCUGCAGGAAAUCCUAGCGAACGUCAAGCGACAAGAAUCGUCCAAAGUGGAUCCUUAUCUUCCGUCUAAGCCUAGCGCGACGUUUUUGCCUACGGCCAGUACAUCUCUCUACCAAAAUACCGAAAGUUAUUCGCCGUCUUCAUCUAAAAUUAAUCAGUUGGAAGAUUCGAAAGAAAGCAAGAGCACGUUGAGCACUCUGAGCGAUUUAGAUCUGAUUCGGAAGGCGGAGGAAGAAUUGGCUGCUGUUGCUGCUGCAACAGCAGUGGCAUCUACAACACCACCGUUACCGCCACCGUUACCGCCACUACCACCAUCGUCGUCAUCCUCAUCCACACCCUUACUCCAGUCUCCGGUCUUGAUAGAUACAUCGGUACCACCACCGUCACAGGUUCCACUUCCCGCGGAACCUGCGAAAGAAGUAGAUACACCGUAUAAGAUAGAUUCAUUCAAAAAGAAUAUCACUCCGGAGCAACCAAAACCACCUGGUCUUGAAGACGAAGACUUUCCUACGUUCCCGUCAACCAUACCGACGACACCACCGACUCUUGCGACACACUCUAAGAUUACACCCAAGAGCGGUAAUAUUGUGUUGAAUGUUAAAAGAAAAUUGAAUGAUGACGGUCGUCCGGCGUCGCCCACUAAAAUAUCAAGGACUAAAUCACGUUGGAGUCAGGGGCCAUCGGAAUAAGCUGGCCAAACGGGAUGCGCACGCGAUACACACGGGAUGCACGGAAUGAUCUCUCGGGAUAUAAUCUUUCACGCAUUCAGUAAAAUAUUUUUAACUUUUACAAAAAGUAACGGUAUUGUAAAUUGUUUCGCUCGGAAAAAAAUAUUUGCCAACCGAUUUUACUUGUGGAAUAAUUUGUUAUAAAUUAUAACCGCGAGACAAAACUCUAACGCAUCUCGUGUGCGAUGAGAAGAGAAUGGGAAGACGAGGAACGUAAAAAAUGAAGUUUCAAAGAAGAAAGAGAGAGAGAGAGAAACAAGAAAAUAAGUUUCCCUAGAAGGUAUCGGCGAAGUGUGACGUAUAUAAUAUAGAAUAUAAAAUAAAUUUUUGACAAACAGUGUGUGUGAUGAGAGGGUUCGUUAUACAGAUAUAGAUGUAAGUAGCUUUCUUUAAUAUAGAUAUAGAUAACUGAAAUUUGUAAGAAAAAAAAAAGAGCAAGAUAUGCCUCAGCGACAUAUACCUUGUACAAAACUUAUCUACAAAAGAAAAAAGAUACUAUUACUCUUCCGCUGUUCUCCACCUACCUACCAAUCCUUUGUCUGCCGAAACGCAUUUUGUACGAACUUAAUUGCGAUAAACACAAAAACAUCUCCCAAGAGUUGCUUUUAAUCUUCCAGAAAAGAUGUAAAGAAAGUGUGUUUUGGGAGAUAUAGAUAUGUCUAAGGUGUGUUGUUUUCUUGCUCGCGUUGGACUGCAUGCUAAACUAUUUACACGUAAGCCCGAAUGUAUUAUAUAUUACUUGUAAUGAUACGAAAAAAAAAA